ACAAAUUGGUGUCCAGAAAAAAAAGCAAAACUCGUUCCACUGGCUACUAGAAGAGGAGGAGCUGCGGACGACCGCCCCCGCUACCGGCGGAAGGUUUCCGGCGAACCCGUGCGGCAGCAGCCCCAAUUCGGGCCGAGACAUUCCGGUACGAUGACGGUGGACGACGUCAACUCCAUAUACGUCGGAGGGCUUCCUUACAGCGCCACCGAAGAGACCCUUCGCAGGGUCUUCAGUUUCUACGGCGCCAUCGUCGCCGUCAAGAUUAUCAAUGACCGUGCGACAAGGGGGAAAUGCUAUGGCUUUGUUACUUUCAGGAAUCCCAGAUCAGUGUUUGGCGCUAUUGAUGAUAUGAAUGGCAAGCCUAUUGAUGGAAGACCGGUGAGAGUGAACAGCGUAACGACGAGAGGAAGAGCAAAUUUUGGCAGGGAACAAUUCCGACAUGAUGUAGAGAGGAGAAUGGAUUGGGAAAGGAAUAGAGACCGAGAAAGGGAUUAUGAUGAUGUUGAUGAUAGGGACAGAUAUCAUGAGCAAUACAGUGACAGGUCAAGAGAACAUGAUCGGUCCUGGGGUCCUGAGGGGGAUAGAGAAAGAGAAUAUGAACAUCUGCAUGAGCAUGAGCAUGAGCAUGAUCGUUCUGGGGAUGGAUACAUGGAUAGAGAUCGAAUCCAAGACAGAGUCGAAUCUGAACAAGACCCUGGUAGAGAUGUUGGGUGGAACUGGGAAAGAGGCCGUGAUUCAGGUUCAAUAGGCAGGGAGGUGGAUGGAAGCAAUGAUGAUGAUAGAAUUGUUGACAAGGAUCAGCUCUCAAGGAAGCCAAAUGGUUCAACGUACAACGACAGGUCUACCAGGGAUAUUUCAUCUGAGCUUGGUGAUGAUUAUGAUGAUGAUGAGCUGAAAGUACAGCUUGAGAGAUCAAUCCAGAGACAUGACGAUCUGAAAAAGGAGGUUUCCUUAAUGGAAGGAAGGUUAGAAGACAAACAAGAACUUGUGUCUGGCUUGCAGAGAAAAGCUAAGAAACUGGAAGAUGCAUUGGUUGGUGCCAAAAGGCGCACAUCCCAGCGGAAGGCACAGUUGGCCAAGCUCCACAAGUGUUACAUGCAAAUGAAGGAAUAUACUGAAAGACUUAAAAGCACCGAACAUGAGCUUCAGACUCUUGUUGACUCAACACUGAUAGAAAGUGAUGCUGGUGGGGAAGUUGAGUAUUGAGAUGGAUUCCGGUUUUAAACUACCCAACAUCCUCUGUUUGUGGUGGAACUGAGCAAGAAAGUCCACACUGCAAACGGGAAGAAAACUAUGGCUAUCAUUAUUAUCAGCAGAUGUAUGCAAUGUUGCUGCUGUCCCUACUUUAUGAGAGAUGUUGUUGAAUCUGCUUUGUACUAAGUAGGGAUUGCUAGAAUUUGUAAUGGAAAAGAGUUUCUCUGUCGCACUUGCACAGUGUGAAUUCCCAUCUGAAACUUUGUUCAAAGCAAGUUGCUUUGGAUCAAACUUGAGCACAAAGGCAGAAAAAGUGGUUUUACGAAAGCUUGUGUGUGUGGGAGAGAAAGAGGGUUUAGAGAAUAAGUUGGAAAGAAUACUAACUGCAUCAGAUGCUUUCGGCUUUCUUUACCUGAACCCUGUUUUCUUAACUUUGGUUGGAUGGAGGGCAUAAUGGGAAGACAAAGCAAAACAAACCAACCUGCUUAGAUUUACAGAUAUGGUCAUCUUCCUGACCAUAAUCAUAUCUGCUGUACUCUCUUUCACUGUAAUGAGAAAAGCC